AUGCUGACUGCAGCUAUGAUCCUCCAAACUGUUCUCUGUUGCCUACUUGCCAUACCUCUCCUUCUCCUCUUCUGUGUCCGACGAAGCCGGAAGCUCGACCUUCCUGCGCCAACCCGUCUCCCUCUAAUCGGCAACCUCCAUCAGCUCGGCAAGCUCCCCCACCACUCCCUCCACCGUCUCGCCAACACGUACGGCCCUCUCAUGUGCCUUGAGCUCGGCCGCGUUCCCACCCUCGUCGUCUCCAGCGCCGAGAUGGCUAAGGAGAUCCUGAAGACCCACGACGCGAUCUUCUGCACCCGGCCCAACCGCGCGGUCGUUACCCGUUUCUCCUACGGCGGCCAAGGCGUGUCGUUUGCUCCCUACGGUGAGGGAUGGCGCCAGCUCCGCAAGAUCAGCACGCUGGAGCUGUUCACUGCCAAGCGGGUCCAGUCCUUGCGCCCCAUCCGAGAGGAGGAGGUGCGCGUUCUCGUCAAAGAAAUCGCGGAAACCGCUACCGCUGGUCAGCUGAUCAACAUCAGCGAGAUGGUCCUCUGCCUCUUCUGCAACAUCACCUGCCGCCAGGCCUUCGGCAGACGCAGCUCCAACGACGACGAAUGCCGGAAGAGCAAGUUCCACGACCAAAUCGUCGAAUCCAUCGAACUCCUCGCCGGCUUCUCCCCCUCCGAUCUCUUCCCUUCAAUGGGAUGGCUCAACAUCGUCACCGGUUUACACGCCCGUCUCCAAAAGGCUUUUCAUUUCUUCGACAACCUCUUCGAGGAGCAGAUCGAAGCCCACCUCAGGCGCGAUAACGACGACGAGAAAGAUUUCAUGAGCGUUCUCCUUCGCCUCCAGAAAGAUACCUCGCUUGGAUUUAAUCUAACCCGGGAACAAAUCAAGAGCAUCCUCGUGGUACCCUGCCAGUUUCAAGAAGGAAACCCGAUUCCUGAACAGUUACGCUUAUCAACAGUUGAUUUCACCAGAUUUUUCUUCUCUUCCUCUUUCAGGAAACCUUCCUCGGCGGAUCGGACACAUCGGCUUCGACCACGGAGUUCGGGAUGCUAGAGCUUAUCCUGAACCCCCGGGUGAUGAAGAAGGCGCAGGAGGAGGUGCGGAGGGUAGUGGGGACGAAACCGAUGGCGGAGGAUAGCGACAUCGCAAAUCUUCCAUACCUCAACCUAGUGGUGAAGGAGAUUCUCCGCCUACACCCUCCUCUUCCGUUAUCUGUUCCCCACAUGAGCUUGAAGGACGUCAAUAUUUGCGGAUACGAUAUUCCGGCGAAGACGGCGGUGUUGACCAACCUCUGGGCUAUUAUGAGGGACCCAGGAUUGUGGAAGGACCCAGAAGUCUUCUGGCCGGAGCGCUUCGAGGAGAGCGAUAUCCAGUACAAGGGCCAGGACUUCCAUUACAUACCGUUUUCAUCAGGCCGCAGAAUUUGCCCUGGGAUGAACCUGGCGGUUACUUCGGUGCAGCUAGCCCUGGCGAACCUCCUGUACUGCUUCGACUGGGAGCUGGCCGACGGCAUGAAACCCAAGGAUAUCGACACGACGGAGACUGUUGGGAUCGUCCUCCAUUUGGAAUCGCCCCUCCGACUCAAGGCGACCCUUGCAUCCUAG